ACUGACGCUCUCAACGAGAACGUCGUGAAGAUCAUGGAGAACGGUCUCUCCAACAUCUUCGUGUUGAAGGAGCACACGCCAACGGCGAUCCAGUUGUGGAUCAAACUCGUGCACAACCAAUACCAUCACGGCAGCGCCGUCACGUUGAUUCAACUGUACGAGCAAUCGCCCUUGGCCGAGAAGUCUUGGAAACAACGCGCGAAAGCGAACUCAAUCACCGUGGACAGUUGCCCGAAGCAGGGCCCUCACCGCUACGAUAAACUUUACGAGAACCACGUCAUCAGCAAUUUCUCUGAUUAUUUCAAGUUCCACGAUCACUUCAAGAAGUUUGUUGCUUCUUAUCAUAAGAUGGUAAGUUUGUCCGCCUGGUCGGGCUACAAGGAGAUGUGUGAGAGCUCGUGUGAAUUCCUGAGAAAGGACCUCAGCAACGAGGCGGUGGCAUCGCUGAACAAUGAUAUCUUGGUCGCCGCCAAUAAGAUCAAGGACGUGAUCGACGGGGGGCUGCUCAACAUCAUCGCGCUGGAGGCCUUGAAGUUCGCUAUUCCUCUCGAGGACGAGGGCUUUCCAUGGCCCCCCAAGUGGAUCCUGAGGGACGCAGAGAAGGACAGCGCGACCGUCAAGCAUAUGAUCGCCCCAAUGGGAUUUUCGGUGUUGUACAAGGACAGCAGCAAGAAGAGGCUCGCAGCGAUGGUCCUGAAAGAGAAGGCCGCCAAAAAGCAAAAGGGUAAAGGUGGCAUAUGCAUCCCUGCGGAAGACACCCAAACGACGGUCGAGGAGUCUGGCAAACUCCGCGAGAAGGUGUGGCUCGACGAUCUUGUGCAGGCCAUCGUGACCCCUGUAUCCGAGAUCAUGAAGGAUGCGAAGAUGCCCGAGAUCAGGGCUAACAUAGCCAUCGGUUUGGAGUUCUGCUUCGCGUCCGAGGUGACGGUGGACGGCGUGACCUACAGCAAGUGGAGCGAGCUGAGGAGGAAAAUCGUCAAGAGGAUGGUCACGGCGCACGACGUCGAGCUCCGACGUGCAGGGUUGGAUGCGGCCGUGCGUGGCGAGGGGGCCGAGUCUCAACCGCACGAUGACGAGGGCGACGACUCCCAAGUCUCAGCGACCGCCCCGUCGCCGCGGAAGUCUGAGGUGGUGAGGGACAUGUCCGAGUACGUGAAUGACGAGAAGCUCGUGCUCAAGGUGUCGCGCUUCAUCUACACCAACAAGACGACCUGCGGCAUGGCCAUGCAACCGUACUACCUUUUUGUGUCGCAGAAUAUGGUGCAGAGCUUGAGCGGCCUGGUCGAGAAGGAUGAGCUGACUCUCAAUGCUACUUUGGAGUCGUUCUUGCGCGUGACGUGCAAGGUGUUCGAUGACAGGACGGUCGGCUUCAUCAAGAGGGCCUCGAAGCACAUCGAUUCCGACGACUGCGGCAACCUGUUCAGCGUCGCCGACGUCACGGGGGGCGCGUGCAACACCAAGGGCGAGUUCAUGAUGCUUAGGACUCUGCGCGUUCGGUACUGCAUUGGAAUACUGUCUUCAAUGGGCCGAGGAGCUCUGACCGACAUGGCGACGGAUUCGAUGAAGAAGCUCGAAGCGGAGUUCAAUGAUAUUGUCGAGAUUGAUAUUUCAACACCAUCUACAUCCUGGGUGGAGUUGUGGUCCGAACUGAUACAGGCGGCCGCGUCGGGGGACCUGCGCACCCACAUCGAGUUACAGCAGCGCGUUGGUGCGCCAGCUCCUCCGCCUGCUCCAACUGCAGCGCCUGACGGUGAAGCUGAAGCCGCUGAUGGCGAAGCUACGUCGGUACCUGAUUCACUUGAAGAUUUGUGGGCGCAGACGGCAACGACUUCGGCGGUGAUCAAGACGUUCAUUUUCGAGCUGCAGGCCUUCAUCUUUCGGAAGUGCAACGUGCCCGUGUUCGCCCCGCCGACGGUCGGCCAAGACGACGGCCCCAAGUCCAAGAUGGAGGCGAACGUGCUCGAGGCUGGCUGGUGCGAUAUUCUCUGGAACCCGACUCCCGAGAAGAAAGACCAUUUCUACGUCGCCAAGAACGUCUCGGCGGGAAUUCGGCUCAACUUUCUCGGCAAUGUGACGAGGAUCCAGGUGCCAGGUUCUUUGAAAGUGGCACGUGCGUUCGACAUGGAAUUCUUCGUGUGCAGCGACGGCGUCGCCUGCGACCCGACCAUGGGAGACGUUCUAUGCCCUGCUUGGGCUAUUCCAUACCCGCAGAAGGCCAAGGCCAAGGCAGAUGCGCCUCGGAAGCCCGACGAACUCCAGGAUCCAGUGCUUCUCCAUGGGGUGAUCACUCUGCCGUUUGACUUCGAGUACACUGUAAUGAACCAUCUACACAAG